UCAUCUCCUUUUCACCUUUUUCCAUUCUCUCCACUCCACCUUUCAGAGGAGAAUGUCUGUUUGUAGGCACUCUUUUGCCCAUUGUUCCUUCUCCGCAUCCAGCCUGCUUGAUCAUGCAGUGCCAUAAUAACCAUGACUCAGUUUUCCAUCCUGCUGGCAUACGAUCGUUAUUUUUUGUUAAUUGUAUGAAAUUUUAAACUCCCAGUACAUAAGCUAACUCAACCAAAUUGACCAGUGCACAUAGCACAUGCUUUUCCUACUGAUACACUAUUCACAUGCUUAGAUAGACCAUUUGCAUAAACAGCACGAUAUAGUAUGACUCAAUCUUCUGUUUGGUUUAAAUCCUUAAUGAGUUGCGUAUUCUGGGCUGCUGUAUUUCACUCACAACCAAUAAAAGCAAUUGGAUUACUAGUCUGUAUUUGAGUUUAUGAGUGCCCGCUGACCUGACAAACUUCAGAGAAACCCUGCAGUUGCUUUCUCUCCAGCUUUAGUAUUUCCUUUAAUGUCCAUUGGGACAGCUUUAUUCCCAAAAUACUAUGAAAGAAGUAAGUAGUUACAACUCAGUAAAGACUUUGAAGAUGCCUUUGAGACAAUAUGUUACUGCAAAGCAUUGAAUUCUAGAUAAAGUUAUUCAUCCUCACAUUUGAUUUUUGCAUUGUGUAUGUUCAAACACCAUAGUCAAAGCUUAUCAAUUAUUUUAAGUGUGUUUGAAUGGUAGUGAGGUAUUUUCAGGAAAGUACUGUCUAUCAAGCCAUUUAAAACUUGGUAUUAUUGCUGCAUUUUCCGUAACACGGUGAUUUUUGUUUGUUCGCUGUCUAGAUAAUCACAUAAAUUUUUCUUUUUCUCCUGAGCUGCUAAAAAUUCAAGUGUGCUUGUUUUCUUCUCUUAUUUUUCUCUGAGUGUCCUACCUAAAGUCUAAAGCAGGACCUUGGCCGGCCAACUGGUGCCUACCAAGCUGCUUUUUCACUCCCCUUCCUCAAAAGGACAGGGGGAGAAAAUAAGAUGAAACAGCUUGUGGGUUGAGAUAAGGACAGGGAGAUUGUUCACCAAUUACUGUUAUGGGCAAAACAGGCUUAGCUUAAUAAAAUUAAUUUAUUGCAAAUUAAAAAUAGAGUAGGAUAGUGAGAAACAAAGACAAAACUAAAAACACCUUCCUCCCCUGACUUCUGCACAGGCUCAACUUAAAUCCUUUAUUCCCAACUUUUCUACCUCCUCCUCCCAAGCAGCACAGGGGACCAGGAAUGGGGGUUGCAGACAGUCCAUAAUACUUUGUCUCUGCUGCUCCUUCCUCCUCAUCUUCUUCUGCUCCAGCAUGGGUCCCCCACAGCGCCACAGAUUCUUCUAGUAAACCUGCUCCUGCAUGGGCAUCUCUCCAGGACCACUGUUCCCCCCAGGAGCCUGCUCCAGUGUGUGCUCUUCACAGGCUGCAGCUUCUCUCAUGGCACAUCCACCUGCUCUGGUGUGGGAUUCUCCUCCGAUAUUCCACAUUCUCCUCGGUUUCACUGGUAACCUCCAUGGGCUCCAGGGGGACAGCCUGCUCACCGCAGGCUGCAGGGGAAUCUCUGUUCCAGUGCCUGGAGCACCUCCUCCCCCUCCUUCUGUACUGACCUCGGUCUCUGCAGGGGUGCUUCUCUCACAUUUUUUCCAUUCCUCUCUCACAGCUGCUGUGCAGUAUUUUUCACCCUUAAAUAUGUUAUCACAGAGGCAUCACCAGCAUCACCAAUGGGGUUCAGAUUUAUCCAGUGGUGGAUCCAUUUUGGAAUCAGCUGGUGCUGGCUCUGCCUACCAUGGGAGCAACCUCUGGUGUCUUCUCACUGAGGCCACCUCUGCAACACCCCCACUACAAAAACUUUGCCACACAUACACAAUAAAAACAAUGAGAUUCUAUUUGAAAUAUUUUGUAGGAGCUGGAUGUCCUACAAUGACAUACUAAAUACUACUAAAUCCCAUAAGAUCUGAUAUAAACUCUUCAGAGGAGGCAUCCUUCCUUCUAACAUGUUUGUAAAGCUCAUAAUGGGCACUACCAUAGGUAUAUGUUUUAAAUCAUUGUAGUAACAAUUAGAUAAAUUUUUCUAAUUAGCUUAACCUCUAGGUUAAAUUGUGAAAUCCUGAUUUUCCUUGGAGGAACCAACCAACUCUAUGACCCAACAGGAUGUGAUAUUAGAUAGUAGGGAUAAUAAAGCCAAGUGAUGAAUACACCCCACCUUGAAAUGACUAGAAUUUAAAUAAUGUCAUAAGUUAUUGAUUAACUCAGGGUUGGGUAGGGUUUAGCUGCUCUGGUAAAAGUUGACUAUUCCAUCUGAAUGUAUGUUUUGUUGAAGAGCAGAAGGUUGUGUUUUCCACACGCGGGCUAAGCAAAAAUGGGCAGUUCACAUUCAACCAAUAAACACCAUCAUCAUGGGUUUGAUGCAGACCGAGACGCCAAGAAAAUACAUAAUGCCUGCAAAGGAGCGGGAACCGAUGAAAAGAAAAUUAUUGAAGUCUUGUCAAGUCGAACAUCAGCACAGAGACAACAAAUAAAACAGAAGUACAAGGCUCUGUAUAGCAAGGAUAUGGAAGAGGUCCUGAAAGGAGAUCUGAGUGGGAAUUUCGAAAAGGCUGUACUGGCUCUGUUGGACCUGCCCUGCGAGUAUGAGGCCCGAGAGCUGCGGAAGGCGAUGAAGGGCGCUGGGACGGAUGAGGCUCUGCUAAUUGAGAUUCUCUGCACACGAAGCAAUAAGGAAAUUGUAAGCAUAAAGGAGGCAUACAAACGGCUCUUUGAUAGGGAUCUAGAGUCUGAUGUUAAAAGUGACACCAGUGGCUCCCUACAGAAGAUACUAGUCACUGUGCUAGAGGCAACCCGCAAUGAGACCCAACAGGUCAAUGCAGAGCUCGCUGAGCAAGAUGCCACAGAUCUGUACAAAGCAGGAGAAGGCCGCUGGGGAACAGAUGAGCUGGCUUUCAAUGUGGUCUUAGCAAAGAGAAGCUAUAGUCAGCUGAGAGCUACUUUUCAAGCCUAUGAAAAGAUGUGCGGGAAAGAGAUAGAAGAAUCCAUUAAAAGCGAAACAUCUGGAGAUUUGGAGAAGGCUUAUCUCACUCUUGUCAGCUGUGCCAAAGACUGCCCAGGUUACUUCGCUGCACUUCUGCACAAGUCAAUGAAAGGAGCUGGGACUGAUGAGGAGACCUUGAUUCGCAUCCUUGUGACCAGGGCUGAGAGUGACCUGCCAGCAAUAAAAGAGAAGUUCCAGCAAAUGUACAAGAAGUCGUUAGCUGAAGCUGUCCGAUCUGAUACCUCUGGAGACUUCAGAAAGCUGCUGCUGGCUAUUUUGCACUAAAAAGCCGUCAAGAACCA